AUGGAGGCAUUAGGUUUCAACAUGGACGCCGGCUUCCUGGAGGGAGUAGUACGAGGGUACAAGGGCGGUCUGUUGACUACUGCCAACUACCACAACCUGACUCAAUGCGAGAACCUGGAAGACUUCCGGAUGCAACUCGCCUCUACCGACUAUGGAAACUUCCUCGCCAACGAACCCCUCCCCCUCUCCACAUCUACCAUCGCCGACAAGGCGACGGAAAAGCUCGUUUCCGAGUUUCACUAUCUCCGGACGAACGCGGUCGAGCCCCUCGCCACAUUCAUGGACUACAUCACGUACGCGUACAUGAUUGACAAUGUCAUCCUGUUGACGUUGGGGACGCUGCAUGAGCGGGACACGCACGAGCUGCUGGAGCGGUGUCACCCGCUCGGGGUGUUUGAUACCAUGCCGGCGUUGUGUGUGGCGACGAACGUGGAGGAGUUGUACCACUCGGUUCUGGUUGAGACGCCCUUGGCCCCGUACUUUCGGGACUGCCUGUCCGCGCAGGAUCUGGACGACCUCAAUAUCGAAAUCAUCCGGAACUCGCUGUACAAGGCCUACCUCGAAGACUUCCACGCAUUCUGCCAGACCCUCCCUUCCCCAACCAACGAGAUCAUGUCGCGUAUCCUCGCAUUCGAGGCAGACCGGCGCACACUCAACAUCACCAUCAACUCCUUCGGCACCGAAUUGUCCAAGGACCAACGGGCCCGUCUUUUCCCGACCAUCGGUCGGCUCUACCCCGAGGGCAACAAUGCCCUCGCGCGCGCAGAGGAGAUUGAGCAGGUCGUAGCUGCCGUCGAGCACAUUUCGGAGUACAAGGCCUUCUUUGACAAGGCGGGCGCGACGGGUGGUGGCGGUGGUGGGAGUGGCGGAGCAGGCGAGGGAGAGGCGAGCUCCCUCGAAGAUGAGUUCUUCAAGUAUGAUGUCGAGCUCAACAAGCUGUCAUUCUUGCAGCAGUUCCAGUAUGCGGUGUUUUACAGCUUUGUGAAGCUUAAGGAGCAGGAGGUGCGGAAUUUGACCUGGAUAGCAGAGUGUAUUGCGCAGGACGCAAAGGAUAGGGUGGACGAUUAUAUACCGGUGUUUUAG